UAGGGGAAAGGGGGCGGUGUGCGCACGCGCGUGAGGGAGAGGUGACCUUCCAGGCGGAAAGGCGCUGGAGCCGGGGGUCGAGGCAGGAUGCUGAGCAAGUUCGUGGGCCCCCGUUACGGGCAGCUCCUGCGCAACUGGAUACCUACGAUGAGCAUGUGGGGCACCGUGGGAGCCGUGGGGCUGGUGUGGGCCACAGACUGGAGGCUCUUCCUCGACUACGUGCCUUGGAUCAACGGCAAGUUUAAGAAAGACGACUGAGCGUCGCAAGGAGAGCAACCCGUUUGGUCCCGGAGAGGCUUCCUUUCCUUCCCUUUGCCUUGCCGGCGCUCCGAAACUGUGAAACCCUUGAAACUUGCCUGGCGGUGCCGAAACCUUUCCAUUUCCUCUCGCCGAACGGGCAGAUCCUGCGCCGAUAAUGUCACAAUGAAUAAAGCCUCUUUUAGCUCACAGGG